AGAUAUAUAUGUGUGUGUGUAUGUGCACAUACAUAUGUAAAAUGUUAUAAAUACAUACAUACAUAUAUAAAAUACUAUAUAGAUUGUUGUUGGUGCCAAGUGCUUGUCAAGCCCAUCCCAGCAGUGGGGCCAGCUGACCAUGGGCAAAGUCUCACUUGGACUGUGUAUUGGGUCUGAGACUGAGAUGGAGUUCAUUUUCCCUUAGCAGCCUCAGAGUGCAGUGCUUUGCAGUGGGAGUGGAAAGGUGUUGAUAACACACCAGUGCUUUGGAUAAUGCUGAGCAGACCUGUCCCUUCAACAUCCCCCCCAUCAAGGGACUGGGAGUGGGCAAGGUCCUGGGAGGGCACACAACCAGGCCAGCUGACCCAAAUUAGCCAAAGGGAUAUUCCAUACUGUAUGAUGUCAGCUCAGAUAUAAAAGCUAAGGGAGGGAGGAGGAUGAGGGAGGCAUUUGUUACUCUGCAGUGUUUGCCUUCUGGAGCCACCACCACGCGUGCUGCAGCCCUGCUUCCUGGGAAGUGCCUGAGCAUCUCUUGCUGAUGGGAAGUAGAGAUUGACUUUUUCCUUUGCUUAUGCACAUGCAAACUUUUGCUUGUCUAUUUUUAUGCUUUAGUAAACUGCCUUAUCUGAACCUACGAGUUGUUUUCCAUCUUAUUCUCUCCAUGUCCUGCUGGGAAGGGGAGAGAUAGAGAGGCUCAGUGGGCACCUGGGGCCUGGCCAAGGUCAGCACACUACUGCCCAAUAGUGGGGUGAGAUAAAGGCAGUUUUAUAUAUAUAUAUAUAUAUAUAUAUUUCUGUAUUGCAUGCUGUAGUAAAAAGUAAAUCGUAGUUAUGGAGUAGCAAGCUCUCGUACACGGCAAGGAGUUUGUGAGCUGCGCUGCUUAUCUCUUUAUUUUGCUGAGUUUGGGAACAUGUUAAAAAAAACAAUGGCUCUGUGCUUUGCUCUUACACUGAUGGCCUUGUUGUGUGUGGGGAGCUAUGUUCUGUGCACGGUAAUUGAUGUGAAUGCUUUUAUAAUGCAGGCUCCCAUGGUCUUUGCUCAUCCUUAUGUAAGCCAUUUAAUACUCUUAAUAAUAUUAGCUAAUACUAUUGGCAUUCUAUGGAGUUCAUGGAAUCUGGCAUCAUCCUGGGGUAGGAAAAAACAAACUUUAGGUGAGGAGAUAUUUAAAGAUGCCCCGGGGUAUCCAGUUCCUGGGUGGCAAGGUGCAUGGAAGGAUUUGGGCAGGUUCCUAGGGCGGUUUUCACCUCCCAUUGCCUGGGACUUUACACCUGAACAGGUAACCAAGCCUGACAAACUGACCCAUGAGCUGAUAGAAGGGUGCCUUGCCCACCCCACUGAACACCAGCAGCUUCUUGCCCUGUACUGGGGCCUGGCCUGUGCCUACCGAGCCACUGUUCAGUACUCUGAGAGGACUGUAGCUGAGGCAGGAACCCAGACUGCAUUGGAGGACACUAUGGCUGAGUCAGGGACUCAAACCACAGCAGCCACAGUAACUGCCCCAGAAGCGAAAGCAAAAAAAUGGACAAGGCAAGUGACACACCCUUUCCAUCGAUUAGUAAGGGAGGAAGAAGAAGAAGAGGAAGAAGGGGAAGUAACAGUAGGAAAGGAGGGGUUGGAUCAAGAGGCAGGUCCUUCAACAAGGAAAUACAAAGGGAUGAGGGAAAUCAAACAGGAAACCGAAGUGACUCGGUCCCUGACCUCGUCAGAGCUCCGAGACCUGCGCAAAGACUACAGCCGACAGCCAGGUGAGCCCAUUUCUGCCUGGCUGCUUCGCUGCUGGGACAAUGGGGCUGGCAGACAGCAGCUGGAAGGCCAUGAAGCCCAGCAGCUGGGAUCCCUUGCUAAAGAUCGGGAAAUUGAAAGAGGAAUUGGAAAGGAAGGAGCAAUUUGCAGCCUCUGGAAACGGCUCCUCUCAAGCGUGAGGGCAAGAUACCCAUUUAAGGAAGAUCUGGUGAACUCCCCAGGGAAGUGGACCACUGCAGAUGAAGGUAUCCAGUACCUGAGAGAAUUAGCAGUGCUGGAAAUCGUCUAUAGUGAUCUAAAAAUUGACAGAGUCCCUGAAGAUCCAGAGGAUGCCCCUUGCACAAUGGCCAUGUGGAGGAAGGUGGUUCAAAGCGCCCCUGCAUCAUAUUCCAGCAGCUUGGUAUCCCUGUACCACCCACAAAUGGAUACACCAACCGUGGAGAUUGCCUCCUCCUGGCUCCGAAAUGUGGAAGAAACUCUGGGCACCUCCUCGUCCCUCCAAGCCAGCAGCCCAGCUUUUAGGGGCAGCCCACGGGAUCGGUCCUCUCCUUCCCCGGUGCGAGGGAAGGGGAGCCCCAAGCGCAGGCCCCGUGGGGAGCUCUGGUUCUUCCUGCGGGACCAGGGGGAGGACAUGAGGAAGUGGGUGGGUGAGCCCACCUUCAAGCUGGAAGCCCGUGUCCGAGAGCUGAGAGGGAAGAAGGCUGUUAAAGGGUCACCCAAGAAGAGUGCCAGUGUGGUUGCCACAGAGAGACAAGAAGGCAAUCAGCGAUUUCCCAGACAUAAAAGAGCUAAAAUCGCUUCCUUUCACCCCGAUGAGGGGACUUCUGACCUGGCAUCGCAAAGGUCAGACAGUGAAUACUCUGACCAGGAACAGGAGUAGAGAGUCCCUGCCUCUGGCCAGGAGGAGGAGAGGGAUGACCAGGCAUACUGGACUGUGUGGGUUUGAUGGCCUGGCACAUCGGAUCCAUAGAAGUGCAAAGCUUUAGCAGAUAGACUGUACAUUGAUGCCAUGAAUACACAGGAGUGUAGAAUCCAUCUGGAUCUUUGGAGUGACGGGCAUGCCAGGAGUUUUCUGUGUUAGAGGCCAAGGUGAGCUUAGCAGGGAACAAGUGGGAAUGAUGCUGGCUCUGGCUGUGACUGCCUCAGAGGCCCCUUGUAUCCUUGGCAUCAGCUGGAUACUUCAAGGAUCCUAAAGGAUGUCCAUGGGCUUUUAGUGUAGCUACAGUGAAUACAGAGAAGAUCAAAGAGUUAUCCACCCUGCCUGGCCUCUCAGAAGAUCCCUCCAUUGUAGGAUUGCUGCAGGUUGAAUGAAGACCAGCAAGUGCCAAUUGCUGCCAGGACUGUGCAGCAGCAGCAGUAUCUUACCAACCAAGACUCUGCAACCUCCAUCCAUUAGUCCUUGGAGAGCCAAGGAGUGCUCAGCAGGACCUGCUCACCCUGUGUGAGUCUGGUGGGGAAUGGAGGCUGACAGCAGUGGACUGUUGGGCCUGAAUGAUCCACCUGUGAGUGCUGCUGUGCCUGACAAUGUUGGAAAUUCAAUAUGAGCUGCAGUCAAAGGCAGCCAAGAGGUGCCCCACAGGUUAUAUAUGAAUGUGAAAUGUGCUGCAAUCAAGGAGCCACACAAGUGGAGUCUCCUUGGAAGAGAGGAUGGUGGCUGGGGUUCCAGUAGGGUGAGGCCUAAAAAAUUGGCUGUAUUGGGCUGUUGCCAUGAAUACACCAAGGCCAGAGUUACAUCCUCACCAUGGUAGAGGCAACAGCUGGCUGCCUGGAAACAUCCCCUGUAAAACUGCUUGAGAGACAUUGAGAUCCCAGGCCCUGAGCGACAGAUUUUGUGGCAACAUGGUACUACAGAGAGGAUUGAAUCAGACAAUGGGGUUCACUUUAUAAAUAAACUGAUAAACUCUUGGGCAAAGAAACAUGGCAUUGAGUGGAUAUAUCACAUCCCUUAUUAACCACAGGCCUCUGGGAAGUUUGAAAGGUAUAAUGGACUACUGAAAACUAUGUAAAGAGUAUAAAGUAAUGGGCCAUGGAAGCACUGGGAUGCAAAUUUAGCAGAAGCCACUUGGCUAGUCAACCCUAGGGGAUCUGGUAACCACCCUGGUCCUGCCCAAAUGAAACCCCUACAUACUGUGGGAGGAAAUAAAGUCCCUGCCCACACAGGGAAGUGGGAAUGUCAGUGUGAAUUUCUCCUCCUAUGGGAAAAGGCAAGCCCAUGCGUGGGAUUGUCUUUGCCCAAGGACCUGUGUGUACUUGGAGGGUGAUGAAGAAUCAUGGGGAGACCUGGUGUGUACCUCAAGGAGAUUUAACCUUGGGGGGGAAAUAAUCUGUGGUGUGAGUUGUAUGUUGCAGGAAGUAGCAGAAAUGACAAAAAACUGAUGAAGAAUGAAUUUUGUGAGGAGCAAGAAGAAUGCAACGACAACCAGAGCCAGGCUGGUGUCAGUGCCCAACAAUCAAGUGUCCUGCUUCAGUCCUGAUCACUCAUCCUGAUGGAAUGGAGCCCAAGUCAUGGAUCUGGAGGGAUGAAAGAAGCCCAUGAAAUGGAAAAAUAGUAUAUUCAUUGUAAGGACAGGGGAUAAUGGUUAAUGAAAAUGUAUGUUUGAUAUAGAGAUGGUUUAAGGAUGUAGUUUAAGUUGUAUGUGUGGGCAAGAAGGCAUUCCAGUAAUGAGAAAUAAAUACAGUGGAACAGUUGGAAGAUAUAUAAAUUAUGUGGGAUCUGAGUGUGACACAAAUGGUAUGGAAUGAGGGGUGGGCAGUGCACGGAAUAAGGGUGUGAGACUGGACUGAGAUGGAGUUCAUUUUCCCUUAGCAGCCCUCACAGUGCUGUGCUUUGCAGCAGGAGCUGGAAAGGUGUUGAUAACACACCAGUGCUUUGGAUAAUGCUGAGCAGACCUGUCCCUCCAACAUCCUCCCCAUCAAGGGACUGGGAGUGGGCAAGGUCCUGGGAGGGCACACAACCAGGCCAGCUGACCCAAAUUAGCCAAAGGGAUAUUCCAUACCAUGUGAUGUCAGCUCAGAUAUGAAAGCUAAGGGAGGGAGGAGGAUGAGGGAGGCAUUUGUUACUCUGCAGUGUUUGCCUUCUGGAGCCACCACCACGCGUGCUGCAGCCCUGCUUCCCGGGAAGUGCCUGAGCAUCUCUUGCUGAUGGGAAGUAGAGAUUGACUUUUUCCUUUGCUCAUGCACAUGCAAACUUUCAAUUGUCUAUUUUUAUGCUUUAGUAAACUGCCUUAUCUCAACCUA